AUGGAACUGCCAAAUCAUGCCAAACAACUGCUGCUGCAACUCAACCAGCAGAGAGCCAAGGGCUUCCUGUGUGAUGUCAUCAUCGUGGUGGAGAAUGCGCUCUUCCGUGCCCACAAGAACAUCCUCGCGGCAAGCAGCAUCUACUUCAAAUCUUUGGUCCUCCACGAUAACCUCAUUAACCUCGACACAGAGAUGGUUAACCCCUCUGUUUUCAGACAAGUUCUGGACUUCAUCUACACUGGGAAGCUCCUGUCCUCGUCGGACCAGAGCAGUGAGCAGAAUUUCAGUGCCCUCUUAACCGCAGCUAGCUACCUCCAGCUCCAUGACCUCGCUGCUCUGUGCAGAAAGAAGCUCAAGCGCAGUGGCGGGAAACCACUGCCAGGUAAACCCUCCACUCCAGGUCCCCUCAGCCGCUUACGCCUCAACAACCAGCGCCUUUCCUCCUCUACCCCUGCUGGCCCCAACAACCACUACCCCCCAACCCCUUCUGAUGCCGACCAGCCACAGCCGGACGAAGGCCUUCGGGACAAGCUCUCAGACGAUGAGAUGUUUGUCGGCAGCUCUGGGAGGAAUGGGAACGGGGGGAACGGCAGCAGUAACGGUAACCUCAGCAGUGGAGGAAGUGCUGGAGAGCCAGACCUUGGACUAGACCUGUCCAAGAAGAGCCCUCCCUCAGCGGGCACAGUCACUGAUGCCCUCAGCCCACACAGCAACUCCCAAGAAUCCCCUCAAUCUGCCUCAGUAUCCACAACCAACAGUGCCUCACUGGAUGACUCCUCCACCACCCUACCUGGUGUGGACACCUGCGGAGAGACCACGGAGCUCAACUCCUCCUCCAAAGCCUCAGAGGAAACCCAGAACCAGCCUGAUGGCCCCCCACCACAGAAGAAGUCCAGACAGGGUGCCCGCAAGAAUGAAUGGCCCAAGAAGGAGGCGUCAGGGUUGAAGUCUGAGGACCACGACAGGCCCCUGGUUAACGGAGUGAUUGUAGGGCCUAAAGAGCGCUCCUCUGGGGCUGGAGGAGGAAGCGGCGGCAGCUUCACCUCUGACCAGUCCUUCCAGUGCAAAGACGAUGAAGAAGGAGGGGAAAACGGACAAGACCACAGCGAGGAGAGCGGGCAAAGUGACGGAGAGAGUGCAGGAGGAGGGACAGGAGGAGGACAUGGCGCAAACUAUGUGUACCGACAGGAAGGUUUUGAGCCAGCGUUUGGAGACAACCUCUAUGUGUGCAUACCCUGUGGUAAGGGCUUCCCCAGCUCUGAGCAGCUCAACGCUCACGUGGAAACACACACCGAGGAUGAGCUCUACAUCAAAGAGGAGGGAGGGACCUUUGUGAAAGAGGAGGACGAGGAGGAGGCAGAGGACCUCUCCGCACCAGUGGGUCCCUCCACCUUUGGCUCCGAAACACGUCCAUUCAAGUGUACAGUCUGCAGUAAGAGCUACAAAGACCCGGCGACGCUCAGACAGCAUGAAAAGAGCCAUUGGCUGACCAGGCCUUUCCCCUGCAACAUCUGCGGCAAAAUGUUCACCCAGAGAGGCACCAUGACACGCCACAUGCGCAGCCACCUUGGCCUCAAGCCGUUUGCGUGUGAAGAGUGCGGCAUGCGCUUCACACGCCAGUACCGUCUGACAGAGCACAUGCGGGUUCACUCUGGGGAGAAGCCGUAUGAAUGCCAGCUAUGCGGGGGCAAGUUUACCCAGCAGCGCAACCUCAUCAGUCACCUGAGAAUGCACACCUCACCCUCUUAG